AUGAAGCCGGCAAAGUACAACAUCCUGAUCGAUCUGAAUGGCACGUGCCACAUAGGAGACAAGCCAACCCUGGGAGCAGUCGAGGCAAUGCGGAAGCUUCGAGCUGCUCAGCAGAAAUACCAAGGCCGUCUCAACAUACGCUUCUGCAGCAACACCAGCAAGGAGUCGUCGCAAUCGCUGCUGUCACGCUUGCGUCGGGUCGGCUUUGGUGCAGAUCUGGUAACGGCGCACGAUGUUUUCACCAGUUUGGAUGCUGCAAUUCGCUUAGUAUCUCGUCGCGGGUUGCGACCUUUACUGCUGCUGUCUCAGUCCGCUCAGAGCAGCUUCAGGGCAAACGCAGAUAUUGGCGAGCGUUGCUUCUUUGCCGAUCCAGAGCUGGACCCGGCGAAGAUGAGCGACAACGAGAAAUCGCAGCUGCGAUCUUGCACUGCCGUAGUCAUUGGAUUAUGUCCAGAGCUUAUGACGCAGAGAUGGCUCGACGAGUGCUUUCGCUUGCUAUCGGGCGAGUACGGGAGAAUGAAAUCUGUCGCACUGAUCGCGACGCAUCGUGGCGAAGGUGAAGCGCUGUCAUUAGGGCCUGGUGCGUUUGUGGCGGCGCUGGAAGCUGCUUGUCAUCGUGAUGCCAGCUCAACUACGGUGUGCGGUAAGCCAAGCGAAGCAUUUCUGCAAGAGUGCAUUGCAGGUAUGAUCCGGGACGGUGAGAGCAUGAACGAAUAUACCAACAUCAUUAUCGGAGACGAUCUUGACGCUGACCUCGGCAAAGGCACUUGUCAGCUUGGCCUACAUCGCGUACUGGUGCGCACUGGCAAGUUCAGAGACGGCGACGAUGAGCGCGGAGAAAAUCCAGCCGACGAAGCGCACGACAAUUUUGCGUCGUGGGUCGACACGUUCGUUUGCAACGAACUACGAUGA